CCGCCUUGUUUGGGGCGAAAAUUCUGUGCUCUACAUCCCUUCAAAUGAUCCCUUAGGUGCUGCUCAGCCGGACUCAUCACCCUGGGAAUCCACUCAAGAUAAGAAAUCAUGACGAUGCAGGUGGACCCAGAUAAUGCAAGUGAAUCAUCCAUGGAAGUGGAUCCCUCUCACCAACCUUUAGAGGGAGAAGCCUACAAGGAGCUACCGGUCAAGAAAAAAAGCUCAUGCUGCACAGGACUGAAGGCCUUCCUUGCUGCCUUGUCCUUUGCGUACUUCAGUAAGUCAUUUUCGGCGGCCAUCAUGAAAAGUUCCUUCACACAAUUGGAAAGGAGAUUUGGCAUUUCAUCUUCUACAGCUGGCUUCAUGGAUGGAGGCUUUGAAAUGGGCAAUUUGUUAGUUAUCUCCUUUGUGAGUUAUUUUGGGGCAAAACUUCAUCGGCCACGAAUCAUUGCUCUUGGUUGUUUCAUCAUGUCUCUUGGGAGUUUCUUAGCAACAACACCACAUUUCUUCAUGGGACAUUAUAAAUAUGAGACAUUAUCCCAUUCAUCAGACAACGCAACAUCCUAUAUCCCUCCCUGCUCAGGAAAUCAAAUUGUUACGGGAUUAGAAGGGAUUCCAGAUUGUGAAAAGGAAACCACGUCCUAUAUGUGGAUUUAUGUCUUCCUGGGGAAUAUAUUACGUGGAAUUGGUGAAACACCCGUAAUCCCACUGGGCAUUUCUUACCUUGAUGAUUUUUCUAAAGAAGAGAACACCCCUUUGUAUAUAGGCAUUUUGCACACAAUAGCAAUGACUGGCCCAAUGGCUGGUUUCCUCUUGGGAUCUCUGUUUGCCAAACUGUACGUGGACAUUGGCUUUGUAGAUUUGGGUACCAUCAGUAUUACCCCGAAUGAUUCCCGCUGGGUUGGUGCCUGGUGGCUUGGCUUUUUGGUAGGUGGGGUCAUUAACUUGAUUUCUGCCAUUCCCUUCUGCUUCUUGCCUAAAAGUCUGAAUGGGGAAGAUGAGCCCAGCCAUGUGCAAAAGCUCCCGGAUGCCGCUAAACUUAAUGGACAUCAGACGCCCCGUGCUGAAAGUCAGGAAGCUGUGAAGUGGACAGCAGGUUUGAAAGAUUUCUUUAAGUCCCUAAAGAGAGCACUGGGCAACCGAAUGUACAUUGUGCUAUUGUGUGCUUCACUGCUGCAGUUCAAUAGCUUCAUUGGUUACAUGACAUAUCAACCAAAAUACAUAGAGCAGCAGUACGGUCAGUCGGCCUCCAAGUCAAACUUUAUAAUAGGUUUGGUCGUCUUGCCAGCUGUGAGCUUUGGUUUACUCCUAGGAGGAUUCCUCAUGAAAAAAUACAAAUUAGACAUGAUUGCUGCUACCAAAAUGGCCUUUGGAACAUCCUUCCUGGCUUUCCUCAUAUCAACUCUGUACAUCAUUUUGGGCUGUGAGAACCACAAAGUGGCUGGAUUAACAGUGCCCUACAAUGAACAAUCAGUUGUGUGGCAUGCUGGUUCCUUGUCUUCCACCUGCAACUCUAACUGCAACUGUGGAAUAAACCAAUGGGAUCCUGUCUGCGGAACGGAUGGAAUCACUUACGUGUCAGCCUGUUUUGCUGGAUGCAAAAACUUAAUGGGAUCUGGGAAAAAUACAGUUUUUCAUAAUUGUAGCUGCAUUGAAAAUGUGGGUCUCGUGAGGAGAAAUCUCACAGCCAUUCUGGGAGAAUGUCCAAAAAGUGACGACUGCUCAAGGAAAUUUAUCUAUUUCAUAGCAGUAAAGCUAAUAAGUUCCUUUUUAUAUGCAGUGGGAGGGACUCCUUUUUACAUGAUCAUGAUCAGAUGUGUGAAUAAAGAUCUGAAAUCCCUCGCAGUGGGUCUCUAUAUGCUCAUUAUGAGAACUCUGGCUGGAAUUCCAGCCCCAGUUUAUUUUGGUGCAGUGAUAGACAGGACCUGCUUGAAGUGGGCAAAAACCAGCUGUGGAAAACCAGGAGCUUGCAGACUGUAUGAUGCUACGGCAUACAGAUAUUCUUUUAUGGGUCUAAUUAUUGGCUUAAGAGCCCCAUCCUAUCUUCUGGGAUUCUUGUUUUUCUGGCUUGUAAAGAAGCAUUUUGGAAGAAAAGAAGUCAAAGCCACUGAAAACGGAGGGAAAGAAAAUGGGCCCCUGAGUGAAGAGGCAAGGCCAAACGGUACUGAACGCGUGGCAGACUCUUCAGAAGCUGAGAAAGAAACCUCCAUGUAGAGAAAAUAACCAAUACACUGUGUCUAGACUAUUGUGUAUGGAUCAUGGGAGCCCCUGGGAUAUCAAAGAUUAAAACAAAGCCAAUAUGAUGUAGUGGUUAGAAUAUCAAAUUAUGUUGGGAGACACCUGGAUUCAAAUCCCCACCCAGUCAUGAACCUCACUGGAUGACCUUGGACCAGUCUCUCCACCUCACCUACCUCACAGGGUUGUUGUGAGGAAAGGAGAACAAGGUAUGCUAUUCAGAACUCCUUAAAGGAAGAAUGAAAUAAAAAUAUAUAGGUAGGUAGCGGGAUUAACUGCCACAAACACAAGUUAUUUAAGAGUUGUGGUUGCUUUUUUACCUCAUUUCAACCCCAAAUAUGAGGGUGUUUCUAAGGAAUAAACACCACUAAAAGACUGACAUUUUGAGGGCGGGUGGCUGUCUAUGGUAGUUCCUUAAGUAUCUGACACUCUUAUAUACUUACAUGAUAUAUGUAAGAGCUCAACAACACACUGUGUGAGUAAUCUGUGACUCACAAAGCAACCCUAUGCAGAGUAACUCUGCGCAAAGACUGCUGUCAAUCUCUCACAGUUUUUGUUUUUAAUUUAAAACAAAAUUGAUCAGCACAGUGGCGCUGGAAACGGGAGUGCUGAACUCUUGUAUGUGCCAUUUUCUUGAUCUAACUCCCCCCAUCCUUCCCAAAAAAGAUGUGACAAAAUUCCAUUUAGGUGCUGUGUGUCAAAUUGAUUGGCAGGUUUCUGUGACAGAAGAAUGUGUAAAACUGAAAACUUCCUUGAAGUGCUUUGUGUUGUUUAGAUCGUAAUUUUAAGAAAAGGUAUGUAUGUAAAACUAUAUAGUUAGAAUAGUCUAUUGCUAAGAAAAUGCCUCUGGGCUGAAUCUGAGAACCAUUUACCGCAGUGAGUCGCUAGAAAUAUAAAUCUGACAGGGCUGACUGUACCUAUAGAAUACAUCUUAUGUGCCAAAACUUUUUUUUUUUUUUGCAAUUACUUAUUUCCAUUUUUGAUUCCACUUAAAACCUCCGUGGUAUACUUCUAAAAAUGUAAUGCACACAGCAAUAAUUAAAUACCCACAAAUGCUUUCCA